UACUAAUAAUGGGGGUUUGUUGUGACUUUGUUCUCUCUCGUCGUCGGCUCGCGGCACGCAUGGGACCGAAAACACGCGUAGCCGCUAGCGGCCAGUAAGGCACUAGCAGCCACCGGAGAGCUGUGGCCUUUGUGCCUCCACCAAUCGUCGGUAUUGAUUGGUUGCAGGACUCAAGGUACCUACAGCUUUUCUGCGACUGACGCAGAUACAGAGAAAAAACAAUAGUGCGCGUGCGGCACGCGUAACAGAGAUGGGUGCAGCAGCGUCAAGUGGCUCCGACACGACGCCGGCGGACGAUCUCGCGGCGAGCUUCGAGAGCUGGGUCACCAGCGGCGGCGAGCGCUGCGCCGCGGCGAUCGCGGCGCUAGAAGCUGCGUCGCCGGCGCUGGCUGCAGCUUUGCGCUCGGCCGACGCCGACGCGGUCAGAGGCGCGCUCGCUGCGCCGGCCGCCGCGGACGCCGCCGAGUCGAACGCGGACACCGCAGACAGCGUGUCGGCGACGAAGCGCCUGAAGCCGUCGGAAAACAGCGGCGCGGCCUUCGUGCGCGUCGUACUGCAGAAGGACGGUAACGCAAGCAAGGUUUUGAACUUUGCCGGCUACCGCACGGUGCUGCGCCUCGAGGAGGUGUGCAAGCCGGCGCGGAACGCGCUGCGCGCGGCAAAAUUAGAGCUCGACGUGUCCAAGGAGAAGAACCCUGCUAUGGCCGUUAAACACGCUGCGCGACAAGAGAUCCAGGACGCGCGAAGGCAAGGCUACUUCCCCCCGCCGAGCGAGGGUAUGACUGUAACGUGGCGGUACGCGGACGGCGCCCACCAGUCGACGGCCGACGUACUGUACCGAGACAACCGCGUCUUGCUGACGUCGCCGCGGCCCCCACAGCUCCUCCGCGCCGCGAGCGGCCUGGAUCCGCGCGACCAGGAGCGGUCGAAGGAGUCGCUCGCCGCGUACGAGCGCUCCCGAGCCUCCCUGUUGGCCGUCGGCUGCGUCUUGGUCGAUCUCGACAAUCGAAGAGGCAACUUAGACGAAGCUAGGACAAGACAGACGUUCUGGCGGACAGUGAUUGACCCAAUUCCCAUUGGCACUGGUAGUGGGACCGUACUUGGGGAAGCGCAAGCUACAACUCUCGUCGAAGCCAUGGGUGGCGCUCGCGCUAUCCCACGUCGGCUGGUGCUGGCGGCCGGUCGUGAAAAAAAUCCCGAUGGCGGCGUGCGAGCCGCUUUAGUUAGGGCGUUUCGCUUCGCCGCGGACAAGUCGGCCGUGUUAGAUGUGCCUCAGCUCGAGCGCCUUGCGUGUGCUGUGUGGAGAGCCGCGGGUUUGCAGAGCUGGGAGGACGUCACCGAGGAGGUCUUCCUAAAUGGCCUCACGGCGCUCCAUAUUACGGUGUACGACGCAUUAACUGAGUCCGACAAGAAUGACUUCGAAAUUCUCCGAUACAAUAUGCGAACGCUGGUGCUUAGCGGCGCCGACUUGCUCGCUAAGACGACUGCUGCCGCGACGGAUGAAGAUGUCGUGGGAACAGACUAUUUCCCCAUCCCCGCCGGCCUGACACCGAUGGACGUCGCGCGGACGUGCGGUUUCCCAAGCCGGCGGGACGCGGUCGUGGCCACUCUCACCGCGGCGAUCGCCGAGCGCGCCUUGUAGGCCGCGGCUGACCCUCCUAUGAAGAGGCCCUGUGUAAGCUAGUAG